AUGUCUAAUAUCGAAGCAGCUAAGGUAUAUGAGGAGGUUGUUGAAGGUGUAAUCAACGAGGUUAGGCAGGAUUUUGAAAAUGCAGGGAUAGACGAACAAACUCUACAGGAUUUAAGAAGAAUAUGGCAAUCCAAGUUAAGUGAGUCCAGGGUUGCAAGGUUCACAUGGGAUCCGGAGGCUACUGAGGCGCCACAUCGAACUGAGAUAUCGGCGGCGUUUUCUGGUUCUGGGAUGGAAUGCCAACACGCGGAUGGUUCUGGGCAACCAAGCAGUGCGAAUAACGGUAAUAUGCAGAUCCCUGGUAUUAUGAUAAAGGAUGAUUCGAAUGAUUUGGGUGGGAUUGCACAGGCAGCUAACAAUGAUUCUCAACCCAAUGGUGAAAAAGAUGGAAAUAAAGAUAUUAAACAAACGAUAGAGCUAACUAUGGACGAUCCUAGUGGAGACAUGGCAGAACAGUUAAAGCAACAAGCGAAGCAAGCUAAGAAGUCGGCUUUACUGGAGACGGACGAGAUUAACAGUGACCUAGAUGAUACAGAUGAUGAGUACGUGAAUUUUGGGGAGGAAGAGAAUGGUAAUGACGUUAAUAUUAUGCUAUGCUUGUAUGAAAAAGUGCUUCGGGUGAAAAAUAAAUGGAAGUGUAACUUGAAAGAUGGAAUAGCCACAAUUAACAAUAAGGAUUAUGCAUUUCAGAAGGCUCAGGGUGAAAGUGAGUGGUAG